AUGAACAACACCAAGAGGAUUUCUUCAUUCUCUGAGUCUUUUCUUUCACACAGGAGAAAAGUGUUUGCUGGUUUUGGUUUAGUUGUUGCAUCUUCUCUUUUCAUAAUCUCAUUGUUCUUCUUCCUCGGUACUAAUAACUCGGUUCCCAAGGUUGAACAUGUCUUUGUUCCACCGUUUUAUGACACUUACUAUUCUUCACCUUGUAACAAUCACUUCCACCCUUCUAAUAAUGUUUCUCAUCAUGAAACUUCAACUUUAGCAAGUGUUUCUGUUCAUGUGAAGAACAAUAGCACUAUUUUGGUGAAUUCUACUACUAAUGAGAAUAAUAGAAACAACAAUGCAACCUUGCAUGCACAUGAUGAGGAAAGAGUAAUUUCAAGGAAAACUGCAGGUGGUGGGAAUUCAUCUAGGAUCUCCAAAGAUUCAAACUUUCAUGAUGGAGGAAUAAGGGUUGUUACAAAUUAUUCAAGUGUUUCUGGGGAAGGGAAUAACAAUGGGACAGAAAUGAAAAUUUCUUCAAGUUUAAUUAUAAGUAGUCCUAAUAAUGUGGGGUAUGAGCAAAGCAAGAAGAAUGUAACUGGCAUUAUUCAUGAUGGUUUGUAUGAGAAUUGUAACAUAUUUGAUGGGAAGUGGGUAAGGGAUGAUUCAAAGCCUUACUAUCCAUUAGGUUCUUGUCCCUUCAUUGACAGAGAUUUUGACUGUCACAGUAAUAAGAGGCCUGAUUCUGAGUAUGUCAAGUGGAAGUGGAAGCCAAAUGGUUGUCACAUUCCAAGUUUGAAUGCAAGUGAUUUUCUGGAGAGGCUUAGAGGACAGAGGUUGGUUUUUGUGGGAGAUUCCCUUAACAGGAACAUGUGGGAGUCCCUUGUAUGCAUCCUUCGCCAAAGCAUAAAAAACAAGGCACGUGUUUUUGAGAUCUCAGGAAAAAGAGAAUUUAAGAAGAAAGGUGUCUAUGCUUUUAGAUUUGAGGAUUAUAAUUGCUCGGUGGAUUUUGUUAUGUCACCAUUCAUUGUUCAAGAGUCAACUCUCAAAGGCAAGAAUGGGACAUUUGAGACACUGAGGCUGGAUUUGAUGGACCAAACAACUAAAAAGUAUGAGGAUGCUGAUAUCAUAGUCUUCAACACAGGACAUUGGUGGACCCAUGAGAAAACAUCUAAGGGAGAAGAUUACUAUCAAGAAGGGAACCAUGUAUACCCAAGACUUAAGGCUUUGGAUGCAUACAAGAGGGCUUUGACCACUUGGGCUACAUGGGUUGACCGACACAUUGAUCCUAAUCAAACCCGGGUUUUCUUCAGGGGAUACUCAACUACACAUUUCUGGGGAGGGCAAUGGAACUCAGGAGGACAGUGCCACAAAGAAACUGAGCCAAUAUUCAAUGAAACUUACUUGCAAAAGUAUCCUUCAAAGAUGAGGGUUGUGGAGUAUGUUAUCCAUAACAUGAAGACACCAGUUGUGUACAUGAACAUUAGCAGGCUCACUGAUUACAGAAAAGAUGGGCAUCCUUCCAUAUAUAGAAAGGAUUAUAAACCAUCAACAACAGAUCAGAACAAUUCUCUAUUUGAAGAUUGCAGCCAUUGGUGUUUACCAGGAGUGCCAGAUACUUGGAAUGAAUUACUAUAUGUUUCUCUCUUAAAAGAUGCAAGGGGAACUUGGAAAACUUGA